AUGAAUAUAAUGGAAAAUAGCCCUUUCUUGGCUAGCAUCAUGAAGCAGAGUGCUUUCUGUGGUGAACUGAAGUAUGACUUAUCCUGUGAACUCUACAGAAUGUCGACGUUUUCUACUUUCCCUGUUAAUGUGCCAGUGUCAGAACGGAGUCUUGCCCGGGCUGGGUUUUAUUACACUGGCGUGCAAGAUAAAGUUAAGUGCUUCAGUUGUGGCUUAACAUUGGACAACUGGCAACCAGGAGAUAAUGCUAUGGAAAAACAUAAACACCUGUAUCCUAGCUGCAGUUUUGUUCAAAACAUGCUUUCAGUUAACAACCUUGGACUGUCCUCUCGUUCUGCCUUUUCACCUUUGGCUGCAAACAAUCUCUCACCAUCUCUACAUUCCAUAACACUUUCUCCAAGUUUAGAACAAGUUGGAUAUUUCAGUGGCUCUUUUUCUAGUUUUCCUCAAGACCCAGUAACUACUAGGGCAGUUGAAGACCUGUCAUUCUUGAGACCUAAACUUCACAAUCCUUCUAUGAGUACAGAAAAUGCUAGACUACGCACUUUCCACUCAUGGCCGCUGACAUUUCUCUCACCCAUUGAUCUGGCAAAGGCUGGACUCUAUUACUUGGGGACAGCAGACAAAGUUGCUUGUUUCACCUGUGGUGGUCAGCUGAGUAACUGGGAACCAAAAGAUAAUGCCAUGUCAGAGCAUCGGAGACACUUUCCUAGCUGCCCUUUUGUGGAAAACCUUACCCGAGACCAGCCAAAUUUCAAUGUUUCAAAUGUGAGCAUGCAAACCCAUGAAGCACGUGUUAAAACAUUCAUAAACUGGCCAACUAGAAUUCCAGUUCAGCCUGAACAGCUCGCGGAUGCUGGCUUUUACUAUGUAGGCCGCAACGAUGAUGUGAAGUGUUUUUGCUGUGAUGGUGGGUUAAGGUGCUGGGAAUCUGGAGAUGAUCCAUGGAUUGAGCAUGCAAAGUGGUUUCCCAGGUGUGAGUACCUGCUUCGUGUAAAAGGAGGAGACUUUGUAAGUCAAGUUCAGGCCAGGUUCCCUCAUCUUCUUGAACAGCUGUUGUCAACUUCUGAUAUGCCUGUAGAUGAAAACAUUGAUCCUCCAAUUAUUCAUUUUGAACCUGGAGAGAGUCAUUCAGAAGAUGCAAUCAUGAUGAACACACCAGUGGUUAAAGCUGCCUUGGAGAUGGGAUUCAGCAGAAGGCUCAUAAAGCAAACAGUGCAAAGUAAAAUCUUGGCCACUGGAGAAAACUACAAGACUGUUAAUGAUCUUGUGUCUGAUCUGCUCACUGCUGAAGAUGAGAAGAGGGAAGAAGAGAAAGAGAGGCAAUUUGAAGAAGUGGCAUCAGAUGAUUUGUCCUUAAUCCGGAAGAAUCGAAUGGCUUUAUUCCAACGUUUAACAUGUGUACUUCCAAUCCUUGGGAGUUUACUAUCAGCUAAAGUGAUAACGGAACUUGAGCAUGAUGUUAUUAAGCAAAAGACUCAGACACCAUUGCAAGCAAGGGAACUGAUAGAUACAGUUCUAGUGAAAGGAAAUGAAGCAGCUAGUAUAUUCAGAAGCUGUCUACGAGACUGUGACCCUGAACUGUACAAAGAUUUAUUUGUGGAGAAGAACAUGAAGUAUGUUCCCACAGAAGAUGUUUCAGGUUUACCUAUGGAAGAACAAUUAAGAAGAUUGCAAGAGGAAAGAACAUGUAAAGUUUGCAUGGACAAAGAAGUUUCUAUUGUUUUUAUUCCAUGUGGUCACUUAGUGGUAUGCAAAGAAUGUGCGCCAUCCCUUAGAAAAUGCCCUAUUUGCAGGGGGACAAUAAAGGGAACAGUUCGUACAUUUCUUUCCUAAAGAGGGAAACUUGCAAAAUGUCUUUGUUCCUGUCAUCCUCCAGCUGCUGAAGCUUAAGCCAGCAGUGUUUUAGGAAUGGAAAACUGUGGUACAGAAGUUGAUUAAUCAACUACCUAACACUGUUGUGUAACAGUAAACCAUAUCAUCAUUAUGAAUAUACUAGGUCGUCUUUGCCAAAGGCCAUUUCUUUUCUGUUCAUAAAACUAACUCAGUACUGAGGUGAGGUU